CGUAUGCAGGGGUAUAACACCAGAGCUGUGUGUGCCUCAGCAAGUCCCCCAGACCACACAUCCUGAAAACUCCUAGUGAGGGUUUUACAACUCCCCCUCCCCCAGACAUCGGCCUCUCCCAAGGAGGCUCAAUGAUCAUGUUCCCAUCUGUUCAGACCCCACAGCCCCCCAGCAAAUCAUGGGGUCAGUUUAAACUCAAGAUGUGCCCUUUGUGACAGAUACCCCACCAUUCCUCAGUGCAGUCUGAUCAUACCUGAUUUCACCCCCUGAGCAGGACUCCCCAUUCCCAAACCUGACCUGAUCGCCCGGCUGGAAGCAGGGGAAGAGCCGUGGGUCCCAGAUCACCCAGCCUCCGAGGAAAGGAAGUUUUCAAGAGGCACCCGCACAGCAGGUGAUGAGACAAUGAAUGAGAAUGAGGAUGGGAAUCCACUGCAGGAAUGUCCUGAACAAGUGGAACUGCAGGGGACCUUAUUGAAACAAGGUGAAGAGAAUUUUUCCCAGUGCUUGGAACAGAGAAAAGCCUGGAGUAAUUGGCACAGGUCAGAGAGGAAGCUGGGAAACUGCCAAAGGAAUAAAGUGUAUGAAUCUAUUGGAUGUGGGGGAGGAGGCAAGGAUCCCGAAGAAACCACAGUUCAGUGGACAAAUGAGAACGAAAAGAACCCCUAUAAAUGCUUGGACUGUGGGAAAAGCUUCAGUCAUCGCUCAAAUCUGACUAGACAUGGGAGAAUCCACACUGGAGAGAGACUUUAUAAAUGCUUAGACUGUGGGAAAAGCUUCAGUCGGAGCUCAAACCUUAUUAGCCAUAGGAUAAUCCACACUGGAGAAAAACCCUAUAAAUGCUUGGACUGUGGGAAGAGCUUCAGUCAGCGCUCAGGCCUUAUUAACCAUGGCAGAAUCCACACUGGAGAGAACCCCUAUAAAUGCUUGGACUGUGGGAAAAGCUUCAGUCAUCGCUCAAAUCUUAUUAGACAUGGGAGAAUCCACAUGGGAGAGAGACUUUAUAAAUGCUUGGACUGUGGGAAAAGCUUCAGUCGGAGCGCAAAUCUUAUUAGCCAUAGGAUAAUCCACACUGGAAAGAAACCCUAUAAAUGCUUGGACUGUGGGAAGAGCUUCAGUCGGAGCUCAAAUCUUAUUAGCCAUAGGAUAAUCCACACUGGAGAAAAACCCUUUAAAUGCUUGGACUGUGGGAAGAGCUUCAGUCAGCGCUCAGGCCUCAUUAGCCAUGGCAGAAUCCACAUGGGAGAGAACCCCUAUAAAUGCUUAGACUGUGGGAAAAGCUUUAGUCGAAGCUCAAAUCUUAUUAGCCAUAAAAUAAUCCACACUGGAGAGAAACCCUAUAAAUGCUUGGACUGUGGGAAGAGCUUCAGUCAGCGUUCAGGCCUUAUUAACCAUGGCAGAAUCCACACAAGCAAGAACUCCUAUAAAUGCGACUGUGGGAAGAGCUUCAGUCAGUGCUCAGGCCUUAUUAGCCAUGAGAGAACCCACACAGGAGAGAGACCCUAUAAAUGCUUGGACUGUUGGAAAAGCUUCAGUCGGAGCUCAAAUCUUACUGCUCAUAGGAGACUGCACACGGGAGAGAGACCCUAUAAGUGUUUGGACUGUGGGAAAAGCUUCAGUCGGAGGGCACAUCUUAUUAGACACGGGAGACUCCACACUGGUGAGAAACCCUAUAAAUCCGUGGUUCUCAAACUUUAACGACCCGAGGACCCCCCUUUCGAUUUAAAAAUUUUCAUGGACCCCUCCUCCCCCCAAGCCCACUGCUCAGCCACAGGCCCCGC